UUUUGAGACACAGCCCGCGUCUCCUCGCAGGAAGUGAAGGCGGAGGAAGGAAGACGAUAAACAUGGCACGAGAGAGAAGCCCAGCUCUGUGGCUUCACCCUCAAACAAGUGCAACUCGUAAAAUGCCGGUGUGCCACAGAACACUCCUGCUUUUAUGGCUUCUCCACUUUUCUUCCGUAUAUUCAGAUAUAACGGACGGGAAUGCGGAGCACUUAAAGCGGGAGCACUCGCUCAUUAAGCCAUAUCAGGGUGUUGGAACGAGUUCAUCAAGUCAGUGGGACUUUCGGGGAAGUACUUUAGUAACCAGCCAGUAUGUGCGUCUGACUCCGGAUGAGAGGAGCAAACAAGGGUCCAUCUGGAAUACAGUGCCCUGCUAUUUGAUGGAUUGGGAGAUGCAUGUGCAGUUUAAAAUUCAUGGAUCAGGAAAGAAGAAUCUCCAUGGAGAUGGUUUUGCCAUUUGGUACACGAAAGACAGGCUACAUCCUGGCCCAGUAUUUGGAAACCAAGACCAUUUUGUAGGCCUGGCUAUUUUUGUGGAUACCUUCCGUAAUGAUCUACAAGGAAUGGAUCGCUCGUUUCCCUAUAUUUCUGCGAUGGUGAAUAAUGGCUCCCUGCCGUACGACCACGGGCAAGACGGUCGGUCUACUGAAUUGGGAGGCUGCUCUGUGGAAGUCAGGAACCAAGAUCAUGACACAUACCUGGCCAUUAGAUACUCCAAAGGCAGACUCACGAUUAUGAUAGAUGUGGAUGACAGGAAUGAUUGGAAAGAAUGCAUUGAUAUCGGAGGUGUCCGCCUAAGCAAGGUAUCUGGACUGAUCAUUACUGUUUUGAAAUAA